UGAACCAGCUGAUGAGGGCUCAGAUUCCUCAUCGUCUUCCUGUGGGGUCCAGAACUGGAAAUGGAAUGUUUUAACAGAAAAUCCAACUUCUGUGUUUUGGGCCCAUUUUUGUGAUAAAGUAGUUCCACUAGGAUCUUCUCACGCUGCGGUUUUGCGGACUCUCGGUGGUUUGCGGUAGUUCUGGUUACGGUUCUGCGCAGUCAGUGUGCGGCUGAACAACAAUAGAAAGCGGAGCCCAGGAGGAGGAGCAGCAGGAGCAGCCAGCUUCUUGGCAGCGGAAGGAGACGACGGAUCUCCUGCAGGACAAUGUGAGAUACUCGGAGAGUGGAUCCAGCAGCGAGAAGCUUUCCGGGAUGGAAGUCGAAAUAGUUUGAGCCACAUCGGAACCGAACCUUGCUGCGAAUUGUCCCGAAGAAGCGCUUGUUUUUGUUCGGAGGAAGCGGCCGCAGCGAUGGGAAAACGGCGCUGAGAAACGGGGAAAGAUGGGAGUCGCGCUGCGGAGCCUGUUGUUGUGUACUUUCUGUUGUCUAAUCCGAGGUGAGCCGCUGCUCCUGUACGCGAAUCGGCGAGACCUUCGGAUCGCCGAUGUGGCGCGUGAGAAGGCCAACGCCACGGUGGUGGUUGGAGGUCUGGAAGAUGCAGCAGCAGUGGAUUACGUCUACUCCCAGGGCCUCAUCUACUGGAGCGACGUGAGCGAGGAGGCCAUCAAACGCACCUCCUUCAGCCAGUCAGGCGCCAGCCUGGUCCAGACUGUGGUACCGGGUCUGACAUCACCAGAUGGACUGGCCUGUGAUUGGUUAGGCAGUAAACUUUACUGGACAGACUCUGAAACCAAUCGGAUUGAGGUGGCUGAGCUGGACGGGUCCUUGAGGAAGGUUCUGUUCUGGCAGGAUCUGGAUCAGCCGAGGGCCAUCGCCCUGGAUCCGCAGCAGGGGUUCAUGUACUGGACCGACUGGGGGGAGGUUCCAAAGAUCGAGCGUGCCGGCAUGGAUGGAACCAAUCGCUCCAUCAUCAUCGAUAAGGAGAUCAACUGGCCCAAUGGGCUGACCCUGGACUACGCUCAGCAGAAACUGUACUGGGCCGACGCCAAACACAACUUUAUCCACCGCUGCAACCUGGAUGGCUCCUCCAGGGAGGUGGUGGUCAAAGGGGAGCUUCCUCACCCGUUUGCCCUCACCCUGUUUGAGGACACGUUGUUUUGGACUGACUGGACAACCCAUUCCAUCCAUUCGUGUCAGAAGCAGACAGGAAAUGAGCAACGCAUUGUCCACUCCAACAUCUUCUCACCCAUGGACAUCCAUGUCUUCAGCCCUAAGAGGCAGCCUGUCUCUCUGAGCAGCUCCUGCUCCCUGAACAACGGAGGAUGCUCCCACCUCUGCCUCCUGUCUCCAACCAGGCCCUUCUUUCGAUGUGCCUGUCCCACUGGAGUCCAGAUGCGGGAGGAUGGAAAGACCUGCAGAGACGGUGCGACUCAGAUGCUGCUGCUGGCACGGCGGACAGACCUGCGGCGGAUCUCUCUGGACACUCCUGACUUCACUGACGUCAUCCUGCAGGUGGACGACAUCCGGCAUGCCAUCGCUGUGGACUACGACCCGGUGGAGGGUUACAUCUACUGGACUGAUGAUGACGUGAAAGCCAUCCGUCGCUCUCAGCUGGACGGCAGCGAUGCUCAGUUCGUGGUUGUGGCUCAGGUGAGCCACCCCGAUGGCAUCGCUGUGGACUGGAUAGCCCGGAACCUCUACUGGACAGAUACUGGCACAGACCGCAUCGAGGUGACCCGACUCAACGGAACCAUGAGGAAGAUCCUGAUCUCUGAGGACCUGGACGAGCCCAGAGCCAUUGUUCUGGACCCUGUGGCCGGAUACUUGUACUGGACGGACUGGGGUGAGGUACCGAAGAUUGAGCGGGCCAAUCUGGAUGGGACGGAGCGCGUGGUGAUGGUGAACACGACUCUGGGCUGGCCCAACGGCCUCGCGCUCGACUACAGCGAGCUAAAGAUCUACUGGGGAGAUGCCAAGAUGGAUCGGAUCGAGGUGAUGAACAUGAACGGAACGGGCCGACGGGUGCUGGUGGAGGACAAAAUUCCUCACAUCUUUGGCUUCACGCUGCUGGGAGACUACAUCUACUGGACGGACUGGCAGCGGCGCAUCAUCGAGCGCGUCCACAAACACACCGCCGAGAGGGAGUUCAUCAUCGACGAGCUGCCAGACCUCAUGGGCCUCAAGGCUGUAAAUGUGCACGAGGCCGUCGGUACCAACCCAUGUGCUGACAACAAUGGCGGUUGUAGUCACCUGUGCCUCUACACGCCCCACGGGGUGCAGUGCGGCUGCCCCAUCGGCCUGGAGCUCAUCGCCGACAUGCAGACCUGCAUCAUCCCUGAGGCCUUCCUGCUCUUCUCCCGCCACACCGACAUCCGUCGCAUCUCCCUGGAGACGAACAACAACAACGUUCCCAUCCCGCUCACUGGUGUCAUGGAGGCUUCGGCGCUAGACUUUGACGUCACCGACAACCGGAUCUACUGGACCGACAUCACCCUGAAGACCAUCAGCCGGGCCUUCAUGAAUGGCAGUGCUCUGGAGCACGUGGUCCAGUUUGGCCUCGACUAUCCAGAGGGAAUGGCGGUAGACUGGUUGGGGAAGAACCUGUACUGGGCAGACACCGGCACCAACCGCAUUGAAGUGGCCAAACUGGAUGGGCAGCACCGGCAAGUUCUGGUCUGGAAGGAUCUGGACAGUCCACGAGCUCUGGCCCUGGAUCCUGCAGAGGGGUACAUGUACUGGACUGAGUGGGGCGGGAAGCCCAAGAUAGACCGGGCUGCGAUGGACGGUACCGGCCGCAUCACAUUGGUGGCCGACGUGGGUCGAGCCAACGGCCUCACCAUCGACUACGCGGAGCGGAGGCUCUACUGGACCGACCUGGACACGACGCUGAUAGAGUCAUCCAACAUGCUUGGUCUGGACAGAGAGGUGAUCGCGGAUGACCUUCCUCACCCGUUUGGACUGACCCAGUUCCAGGACUAUAUUUACUGGACAGACUGGAGCCAGCGCAGCAUCGAGCGAGCCAAUAAGACGAGUGGCCAGAACCGCACCCUGAUCCAGGGCCACCUGGAUUACGUCAUGGACAUCCUGGUCUUCCACUCGUCCCGACAGGGCGGCUGGAACGCCUGUGCUUCCACCAACGGACACUGCUCCCAUCUGUGCCUUGCUGUCCCAGUCAGCAACUAUGUCUGCGGAUGCCCCGCCCACUUCUCCCUCAACUACGACAACAAGACGUGCCGCGCUCCCACGUCAUUCCUGCUCUUCAGUCAGAAAAACUCCAUCAACCGGAUGGUGAUCGACGAGCAGCAGAGCCCUGACAUCAUCCUUCCUAUCCACAACCUGAAGAACGUCCGGGCCAUCGACUACGACCCGCUGGACAAGCAGCUGUACUGGAUCGACUCCAAACAGAAUGUCAUUCGCCGCACGCAGGAGGAUGGGAACCAGAGUAUGACGGUGGUACUGAGCUCUGUGGUGGGACCCAGUCCAGGUCUUCAGCUGUAUGACCUAAGCAUCGACAUCUACAGUCGCUUCAUCUACUGGACCAGCGAGGUGACCAACGUCAUCAACGUGACCCGGACAGAUGGCAGCCGGGUGGGCGUGGUCCUGCGGGGCGAGCACGACAAACCCAGAGCCAUCAUGGUGAACCCAGAGCGCGGGUACAUGUACUUCACCAACCUGCAGGAGCGUUCUCCUAAGAUCGAGCGGGCAGCUUUGGACGGCACGGAGCGGGAGGUCUUGUUCUUCAGCGGCCUGGGAAAACCUGUGGCUCUGGCCAUUGACAACGCGUUGGGAAAGCUGUUCUGGGUGGACUCGGACCUGCGGCGCAUCGAGAGCAGCGACCUGUCUGGAGCCAAUCGGAUUGUGAUCGCCGACUCUAACAUCCUGCAGCCUGUGGGCCUGACGGUGUUCGGGAACCACCUGUACUGGAUCGACAAGCAGCAGCAGAUGAUCGAACGCAUCGAUAAAACGACGAGGGAGGGCCGCACUAAGGUGCAGGCGCGAGUCGCCUACCUGAGCGACAUUCACGCCGUGCACGAUCUUGACAUGACGGAGUACCGUAAACACCCCUGUACAAACGAUAAUGGCGGCUGCUCCCACAUCUGCAUCGUGAAGGGAGACGGGACAACCCGCUGCUCGUGUCCCAUUCACCUGGUGCUGCUGCCAGACGAACUCACCUGUGGAGAACCGCCCACCUGCUCGCCUGAACAUUUCGCCUGCAAUUCAGGAGAAGUGGACUGCAUCCCGAACACCUGGAGGUGCGACGGUUAUCCUGAGUGUGACGACCGGAGCGACGAGGAAGACUGUCCCGUCUGCUCCGAUUCGGAGUUCCAGUGCGACAGUCGGCAGUGCAUUGACCUGAGCCUGCGUUGCAACGGGGAGAUCAACUGUCAGGACGGAUCUGACGAGAACAAGUGUGAAGUUCGGUGUCCGGCGGAUCAGUUCACCUGCACCAACGGUCAGUGCAUCGGCAAGCACAAGAAGUGCGACCACAACAUGGACUGCAGCGACAACUCCGACGAGAUGGGCUGCUAUCCCACCGAGGAGCCUCCACCUCCGUCCAACAACACCAUCAGCUCCAUCGUGGGCGUGGUCAUGGCCUUGUUUGGGGUUGGUGCCAUCUACUUUGUGUGUCAGCGCGUGCUCUGUCCUCAGAUGAAGGACGACGGAGAGACGGUCACCAACGACUUCGUGGUUCACGGGCCGUCGUCCGUGCCUCUGGGAUAUGUUCCACAUCCGAGCUCGCUGUCCAGCUCGCUGCCAGGUAUGUCCAGGGGGAAGUCUGUGAUUGGCUCUCUGAGCAUCAUGGGUGGCAGCAGUGGCCCGCCGUACGACCGCGCUCACGUCACCGGAGCUUCGUCCAGCAGCUCGUCCAGCACCAAGGGCACGUACUUCCCCCCGAUCCUGAACCCGCCCCCCUCACCUGCAACAGUGCGCUCCCAGUACACCCUGGAGUUUGGUUACUCCUCCAACAGCCCGUCCACACACCGGUCAUACAGCUACCGACCGUACACCUACCGCCACUUUGCCCCGCCCACCACGCCCUGCAGCACGGACGUGUGCGACAGCGAUUACACCCCGGGACGCCGAGCACCACUGAAGCCCGCUGCGGCCACUAAGGGCUACACCAGCGACCUCAACUAUGACUCUGAGCCGUUCCCGCCGCCGCCGACCCCCCGCAGCCAGUAUCUGUCGGCGGAGGAGAACUGCGAGAGCUGCCCGCCGUCGCCUUACACUGAGCGCAGUUACGCCCACCACCUGUACCCUCCGCCACCUUCCCCUUGCACAGACUCCUCGUGAGCCAAACCCCUGGCUUAGCUCCGCCCCUCUCUGUAAAUACCAAUUGUUCAUAUUUGAGGUAGACGAACAGGAAGAGACUGACGCAGCGGAGGAGCCGACCAACUAAAGGGAAGCAGAGGACUUUUGUACAUUUAAAGAGAAAACAUAUUUAUAUAUUUUCUAUACAGUGUUUACUGAUGAUGCACCAGAGGUUUGUAUAAGAAAUAUUUGUACAUUUUUAACUAAAGUUUUUAUUCAGAUCAUCACAAGUAUAAGUUGCCUUAAAGCAGGAGGAAGAACAGGAACUAACCAGUCAGAUGGACCACCAACCUCUGAUGCCAAAUACCAACAGCAGCUGCGGGAGUGCUGCGUUACCGUGGCAACCGCAUCAGGUGACCUCCCACAGGCUGCUGUUUAUCACUGUGGGACUGACGUUUCUGUGGCCGCUCCGGGGACGGCGUCUUCAGGAGGACAUCUCCGGUGUCGGGGACGGCGUCUCGGCAGGAAGUGACUCUGGUGUUGGAGCUCCAGUUCUGACUCUCUGUAGCACUGUGAGGCACAUAUUGACUGAUUGGUCAUCCGAUCGGAACCAGAACCACUCUGAUUGGUGAUGACACGGGGCGUUCAGAACUGGGCGGGAUGGAUGUGAGCAGAAGGUUGGAUCUGCUGCUCGUGUCCCUCCCGGGCCUCCAUACGCAGACCCACGUCCUGCAGCAGCUGGGUUCUGUUCUGGUUUAAACCAAAACGUUUGUGUUCGCUUUGUGUGUCGGAGUUCUCAGGAGGGGGAGGAGCCUCUCCCCUCCCCGCUAACACGACUUUGUGCCUGAGCAGUCACAUCACUUCCUGUUUUGUUUUGUUCCCGCUGAGGAAGAGACCACAGAGGAGCUGCAGUGCCCACUAAAUGCUCGAUAGUAUUUUUGUACCACAUGUUGUAGAUAACGUAUUUAUAAGCUAGAGAGAGUCCCUGUAAAUGUCUCGCCCACCCUCGGUACUUUUCAUUCCGUCUUUUUUAUAUUUCUUCUAUUUUUCUAUGGAAUCUCACGAACGCCGACAAUCUCAGAUCAGACAUAUCCAGGUUUUUACGUGUUUUUGACUCGCGCGGAGCUGGAUACCGGGCAGGACACGAGGUGGGACGCCGGGUCGGUCAUCGGCUUCUUUAUCACAAAUCUUGAAGUCAGUUUGCUUCCUGAAAGUCCCGUUCCAGAAAACCCACCAGCAUGACUCGACAAUCCAAGGCUUUUUUAGUACCAGAACUCCGAAGCUUCAGGUGGUUCUGGACCUGAGAAGCAUCCAGAUGUUUGUGACUGAGCUCAGGACCUGCAGACGACGAGGACACGAGUGGGAUCAGUCUGAACUCUUUACGUCUGAGCCUCUGGCUCCGCCCUCAGUGAUCGUUGUUCUCGUGAGUUGAACACGUGACGACCGUGACCUCGGUCAGGAGUACGAGUCCUGUUGAAGCCGUCUCUGAGCCACGGACGCUGAAGCUCGGAUGUGUCCUGAUAAACCGAAACACAUCUGAUUUAGAGCUUCUUGGGUGUUUUGGGUAAAGUUUGUAACGUGAAACUAAAAAUCACCGAGAGUGAAAGGGAAUCGUCUUACCUGAGCUGUGAGUCAGGGUCAGGGUUAGGGUCAGGGUUCGCUCUAACCAGCUCUAACCAGCGCAGCAGCUUCAGGGUGUUUCAGCACUUUCUGAAACUUAAACCAUCAUGAAGUUGUUGCUUAGCCACAAGGAGCCUCUCAGGCCUUCAGCAUCUAGUUUUGGUCUCACUAGGCUUCGGUACGGCCUUGGCGCCUCGCUGUGGGACUGACGUCUCCGUUCGGCUGCAGCGCUGUCCCAUCCGGGCUUCCGUACAGCUUCAACAACAGUUUUGUUCCCGCUGGGCCUCUGUAGGGCAUAAGUGCCUAGUUUAGACCAUUCUGGGUUUGGCCUCUGUAGGGCUUUCACCAACCUGUGGUUGGGCUCUGUUCCUCCAUCUGGUGCGCUCGUCUUCUCCUUUCUGCACUUUACUCGAUGUUUUCUUGUCUGAUUUGGUACAAAUGGACUGAAACCGCAGGGGAGCUGAUUGUUGCAGCUCUCCGUUUGAAAACUCAGCUGGAAGAGACGAAACCCGUCGCGUUUUAAAGCCACUAAUAAACUAUUUGAAGUAAUUAUUCAGUUGCAAGGGAAUAAACUCUGACCGUGUCUGAUGGAGUCUUUGAGGUUUGUUGUACUUGAAAUGUGAACGGGGUCCCGUUUGACCAGAGAUGGUUUUGUUCGAGUCCGUAAGAAUCUGAUCAGAAACGAGACUAAGCCUCCUGCAGGCGCCCUCCAGGCCAGCAGGCGGUGCUGUUGGGCAGACUGAACGUGGGUGAAGAGGCUUAGAAAGUAGACAUGUAAAAAGUUUUAAAUGGAAAGCACUUUUGUCUCCAGGCUGGGUGACGGGAAACCUUUCUGUUUCUUCUGAUUCGUCUGAACUGUACAGCCCGUCCAGCUGCCUCCAUAAGCUGUUGUAACUCAUCAGAUGCUGAAUUUAUCUCCUUAUGUUGAAUAUAAAACCGAGUGAACUUUAA